AUGGCCGAUCUUCGCGCCCUUGCUAAGAGUGAGCGACGUGUGCUGAAUACGCUGGAAGGUCUGGAGAAUUUCGCACGGAGGUACGAUCCCACCCAGGACGAACCACAAAUUGCAGUGCGCCUGGAAUCCCUGGAGGCAAUCUGCAAGGAAUUUUACGCGAUUCGAGAACGGAUUGAGCUGCUGACGGACGAAACCGCUGAGGAUGAAGAUGACAAGGAUUUCCGAGCGCGCGAAAAGGCCAACAUGUCGGCACUUACCGAGUUCGAGGAGCGGUAUUUCCGACUGAAGGCCAGUCUCACAUCGAAGCGAGCUCCCCUACCACCAACCGCGACGACAUCCGGGAUUGGUCAACCUGGUGACCGGUCAGAAUCCUCUUUUUCGAAGGUGAAGCUGCCAGAGAUUCGCCUUCCGUCGUUCGGUGGGAGGAUUAAGGAGUGGGUUCCGUUUCGGGACAGCUUCUGUAGCCUGAUCCAUGAAAACAAGCAGCUCAACGACAUGGACAGGUUCAGCUAUUUAAAGUCGGCUCUUUCCGGAGAAGCGUUGCAGGAGAUCGAGUCCGUGGAGCUUUCAGCUGCAAACUACAGCGUGGCUUGGAAGGCGCUAGAAUCUCGCUACGAGAAUAAGAAGCUCAUAGUGAAGGCCCACCUCGAUGCUCUUUUCGCCGUGGAAGGCAUGAAACGCGAGAGUUAUGACGGCUUGAGCAACCUCAUCAGCGGGUUCGAGAAAAACCUCCAGAUGCUGCAGAAGAUUGGAGAAGACACCGCUGCGUGGAGUACAGUUCUGGCGUACAUGGUGUAUUCCCGGCUGGAUCCUGCCACGCUACGGCAGUGGGAAACGCACCAUAAUUCUAAAGAUGUGCCAUCGUACCAGAACAUGCUCGCUUUCCUACGCAGCCAUUGUGCCGUACUGCAAUCCGUCGCACCCGUAAGUUCGAAGCCGAGCAGUUCCGAUUAUCGCUCAUCGAAGCCAUCCGUGUGCCAUACCACCGUGAAACCAUCGAGGAAGUUCCCAUUUUGUGGAGAUUCGUGGCAUCCCGCCUUCGUCUGUGGAAAGUUUCAGCAGUUGCAAGUUGCGGAGCGGCUAGAAGUUGUUUCCAAGGCAAAGCUGUGCCGAAACUGUCUCAGCCUUGGCCAUUGGGCCCGAUACUGCGACAAGGGAACCUGUCGUCACUGCCAGCAGAAGCACCACACUCUUUUGCAUGGCGCACCAAUCAGAUCCUCCGUUCCACAAUCGCAGUCAAAUCCUCCGACACAAACCAGACAACAGCCACAAUCUUCGCAACCAAGACCGAACCCGAGACCACAGACAUCAAACGCUACACCCAGCAACUCUCAACGACCGAGCACUCAGUCACCAGCCACCAACACUGCCACAUCCACCACUCAAACACACAUUGCACUCCCAGUUACUCCCACACACAACAUUCUGCUCUCCACCGCCCUUGUCAGGGUUCAGGAUCGUCACGGCAAUACCAUGCUAGCACGAGCCCUGCUGGAUUCGUGUUCGCAGCACUGCCUGAUGACGAAAGAGUUCUCCAGCAGAAUGAAUUUCUACGCGUCACCAUCACUCCUCUCCGUUCAAGGAAUCGGUUCGUCGAUCAGCAUGUCGACGAAACUCGUCAGCGCUGUAGUUCGGCCAAGGUUGGAGGACAUGUCAGCAUUCUCGCAAGAGAUGCAUUUCAACGUUCUCCCGCGGCUGACUGUUUCGCUACCGACAGCCAGUGUUAGCAUCAGCGGAUGGAACCUUCCCGAAGCAGCCUUUCUCGCCGAUCCGCGUUUCCACGAACCAGGACCGGUAGAUAUCAUAAUCGGAGCAGAGUAUUACAUGGACCUGCUUCGAAGCGAGCGACACAAGGCGACCGAAGACGGUCCUACACUACAGAACACUGAGUUUGGCUGGAUCGUGUCCGGCAAGAUACCCGAUCACCCUGUUGGUGGAUCGCCAUCCUUGACAUUCAUCUGCUCGACGAACGAUCUUCAAGAACAGCUCACGAAGUUCUGGGACCUAGAGACCUGUCGAAGUCACAGCACACAGUCACUGGAAGAGUCGGCUUGUGAGGCGUAUUUCAACCGUACAACCAUACGAGACGAGACUGGCAGAUUCAUUGUGACCCUGCCGAAGAAGGAGAGUGUGAUCAGUCGGCUAGGUUAUUCCGAGACAACAGCGAUCAAGCGACUGAUGGGAAUGGAGAGACGUUUCGCUACUAAUCCCGAGCUGAAAGCGACGUACGCUGAGUUCAUUCGGGAAUACCUCGAGCUAGGGCACAUGAAGGAAGUGGAAGAGGAAGCAGGAGAAGGAGUCAGGAGGUACUUUCUGCCGCACCACGCAGUUCUGAAGCCGGACAGCACGACCACGAAGCUGCGAGUGGUUUUUGAUGCUUCGUGCCAGACGUCGACCGGCGUUUCCUUAAACGAUGCUCUGAUGGUUGGUCCCGUCGUACAGGACGACCUGUCCAGCAUCUGUCUGCGGUUCCGAACACACCGGAUAGCCAGUAUCAAGUGGCGGUACGAUCCAUCUGAACCUCUUCGUUCGUACGAGUUAAUCACCGUGACGUACGGCACCUCGUCCGCUCCGUACCUGGCUACGAAAUGCCUACAGCGGCUAGCGGAAGACGGAAAAUCGUCGCACCCCGUCGCGUCCAAGGUCAUCGAGAAGGACUUCUACGUGGACGACAUGCUCACAGGAGUUGACACAGUUGACGAAGGUCGGCAGCUGGUGAAGGAAGUCAUCGAGCUGUCAGAUUCAGCGGGUUUCACGUUGCGGAAAUGGAACUCCAACAGCGCGGAGCUUCUCGAAGUCGUCCCGGAAAACUUGCGAGAUGAACGUUCCAUCCUCGCGCUAGAUUCCGCCGAAACAGCGAUAAAAACCCUCGGUUUAGCGUGGGAACCAGCUGCAGACGUCUUCCGUUUUACCUUCCCUUCGUUCAACUGGACAGCGAUGAUUACGAAACGCAUUGUAGUCUCCGAUGUCUCGCGCCUCUUCGAUCCGCUAGGUCUGGUCGGACCUGUCAUCAUCCAGGCCAAGAUUUUUAUCCAGGAGCUGUGGCUGCAGAGUUGCGGCUGGGAUGACCCUCUGAGUCCCGAGUUGCAAGAGCAAUGGCAGCAGUACAGACGCAAUCUAGCUGGACUAGAAAACCUAACUGUUCCCCGCUGGGUAGGAACCGGCGGUCACACUACUGCCGUCGAGCUACAUGGCUUCUGUGAUGCGUCGAACAAGGCAUACGGUGCCUGUUUCUACGUGCGAACAAUCUCCGAAACGGGGGAGGUGUGUGUGAGGUUGCUGACGGCGAAAUCACGAGUCGCCCCACUCGACAAUUUGAAAAAGGGGAACAAGCGUCUCUCUACCCCACGGUUAGAGUUGUCGUCUGCGUUGCUGCUAGCCCACCUCUUCGAAAAGGUCGUGAGCAGCCUUGGAAUACGUGCAAGGUGCUUCUUCUGGACGGACUCUACCAUCGUCAAGUGUUGGCUAUCGUCAUCGCCGUCAAGAUGGAAGCAGUUCGUUGCAAACAGGGUUUCGGAGAUUCAGCAUAUCACGAAGGACGGCGUCUGGAAUCACGUUGCUGGACUGCAGAAUCCAGCGGAUAUUAUUUCCCGCGGGAUGAACCCCGUACAGCUGCAAUACGAAUCGCUCUGGUUCAGUGGGCCGUAUUGGCUGAGUUCGGACGAGUGCAACUGGCCAUCAGCCCCACCGGUCAGCGAAGACGAUUUCGAUCCUGUGGAUCUCGAAGUCAAGAGUGUCUCUGCAGCACUUCCAGUCAUCCAACCAAGCGAUAUCUUCAGCCUCCGAUCAUCGUUCAGCGACCUCCAGCGCCUCACUGCCUGGAUAUCACGAUUCCGCUACAAUUCGCAAACGGCCAACCGAAGUACGCGACGCCAAGCAUCCCUCACGAAACUAGAACUCGAAGAAGCGACGAAGGUGUUGGUUCGCCUCUGCCAGCAAGAAAGCUUUCCGCAGGAGUUGGCAGACCUGACGAGCGGCAGAGAAGUUAGAGAAUCGUCGAAGAUCCUAGCUCUAAACCCGCAACUCGAAGACGGAAUACUGUGCGUCGGCGGCCGGCUUCGUCACGCGUCAAUCACGAACCGCCGCAAGCAUCCGUACAUCCUCGAUCAUCGACAUCCGUUCGCUUACAUCGUCGUCGCGCACUACCAUCGAAAGUUGCUGCAUGGCGGACAACAACUGAUCAUUUCGACCGUCCGAGAACGUUUCUGGCCGACAAGCGUCCGGAAUCUCGUGCGGAAAGUGCUUCACGAGUGCGUGCCCUGCUUUCGAGUCAGGCCCAAGAUCCAGGAUCAGCUCAUGGCUGACCUUCCACCGGAAAGAGUCACUCCUUGUCCACCGUUUCAGCGCGUAGGAGUCGAUUACUGCGGCCCGUUUCAGGUCGCUUACCCACACCGACGUACUCGGCCAGUGAAGAUCUUCGUCGCCGUUUACAUCUGCCUAGUUACCAAGGCUGUACAUCUGGAGCUAGCGGCAGAUUUAUCCGCUCAAGGAUUCAUUGCGACCUUGAAGCGCUUCUCCUCCCGGCGUGGCAUGCCGGAGCUAAUCAUGUGCGACAAUGGCAGAAACUUCGUUGGAGCGAGGCGUCAACUAGACGAGCUUCGUCGGCUGUUCAUCAACCAGCAAUUCCAGUCGGACGUAGUCAGGCAAACGAACGAGGAGCAGAUGGAAUUCCGCUUCAUCCCAGCGCGGUCGCCAAACUUCGGCGGACUGUGGGAGUCAGCAGUCAAAUCGUUUAAGCUGCUGUUCAAACGGACGAUCGGCACGCGCACGCUCCUGUACGACGAGUUUGCAACGAUUUUGACCCAGGCGGAAGCAGUACUGAAUUCGAGACCGCUGACGCCGCUCAGUAAUGACCCGGACGAUUUCGAAGCGUUAACUCCCGGGCAUUUCCUGAUCCAGCGUCCCCUCACGGCCAUUCCGGAACCAGAUCUGGAUGAUAUUCCUGAGAAUCGGCUGUCAGCCUUCCAAAAGGCUCAACGGUACACACAGCAGUUGUGGAAAAACUGGUCCAAGCUUUACCUGUCGGACCUCCACAAUCGGACAAAAUGGACUGUACGUCGGAACAACGUUGUAGUAGGGACCAUGGUGGUCCUGAAGGAUGAAGAACGACCGCCUCUGAAAUGGCAGCUCGGCCGGGUGACAGAGGUUCACGCUGGCGAAGACGGGAAUGUGCGGGUCGUAACAGUCAAGACCAAGGACGGCAGCUACCGCAGAGCAGUGUCUAAAAUCUGCGUUCUGCCCAUCCGUGACAAUUUUGCAUCGUCGAACGGGGAGAAUUAA